AUGUGCCGCACUCUUGCCAAGAACCACGGAACUCUUGGAGCCAGCAGUAGAGGGAGGACGAUAGAGCUGUCUGGCUUCCCCCUCCUCAUCCCCCUCCUCCUCACCAUCUGGGUAGUCUGGAUCUGGAGUCUCUCUACCUCCAAGGGCCGCCUCCCUCCUGGACCCUGGCCUCUGCCUUUGCUGGGGAAUAUUUUGCAAAUCGACCCUAAGGGUUUUCUCAAGUCCUUCUAGGCACUUUGGGAGAAAUAUGGGGACGUCUUCACAAUCCACCUGGGGCCCCACACUGUCGUAUUCCUGUGUGGAUACCAGGCGAUGCGGGAGGCCCUAGUGGAUCAGGCUGAGGCUUUCUCUGGGCGAGGGUUCAUCACCAUCACUGAUCCCAUCUUCCAGGGAACUGGCAUAAUCUUUGCCAAUGGAAAACCUUGGAAAGUCCUCAAGAGGUUCUGUUUGACCACCAUGAAGGACUUUGGGAUGGGGAAAUGGAGCAUCAAAGAGAGGAUCAAGGAGGAGGCUCAGUGUUGGUAGAAGAAACUGUGGAAGUCACCUAACCCACCUCUAAACCCAACCCUCCUCUUUCAAUCCAUCACGGCCAACAUCAUUCGCUCCAUUGUAUUUGGUGAGCACUUUAACUCCCAGGACCCCAAAUUCCUAUGGCUGCUAAGUUUGCUGGGGGAAAUCGUCAUCAUCCUCAGCUCUUUCUACAGUCAGGUGUUUGAACUCCUCCCAGGCAUCUUGAAUCACCGUCCUGGCCCCCAUACUCACUUGUACAGCAACAUUCAAGAACUGAAAGAUUUCGUUACUGAGAACGUGGAGAGGCACCAGAAAGCCCUGGACCCCAGCACCCCUCGGGGCUUCUGCACGCUUACUAAGGUCCCUCUUCCCCACCCUGUCUCAGAGAAAGUCCAGGCAGAGACUGAUAGUGUGAAUGGUCAACACUGUCUUCCAGCCCUUGAAGAUCAGGCAAAAAGGCCUUAUACAGAUGCUGUCAUCCAUGAGGUUCAGAGAUACAGUAACCUCACCCCAAUCAGUAUCCCUCACUGUGUAAUCCAGGACACUCACUUCUGGGGAUAUCAUAUCCUUAAGAUGAGACCUGGCACCACUGUGUACCCCAUCAUGAACUCUGUCCUCCGUGACCCACAUCUCUUUGAGAAGCCAGACAGCUUCUACCAUGGACACUUCCUGGAUGAGAAGGGCAACUUCAGGAAGCAGGAAGCCUUUAUCCCACUCUCCAUGGGAAAACGAAUGUGUCUGGGUGAGAGCCUGGCUUGCUCUGAGCUCUUCCUCUUCCUGACCACUGUGAUGCAGAACUUCUCCUUGGGCUGCCCCAAAGCCCCAGAAGACAUUGACCUCACACCAAAGGUGAGUGGGCUGGGGAAGCUGCCCUCUGUGUACCAACUCUGUUUCUUACCACGCUAGACUGAGGAAGAGGGGAGUGGAUUCCCCAGGAUGCUUCAGUUUGGCCCUCAGUCCUGUGAAGGUUAGACCUGAGGAGGCUUCCUAAGCUCCUAGCUCCUGGCUCUCCACUCUGGAAAGUUUAUUUUUCAUUCAGCACACAGUAGUCCCUAGAGCCCUCCAGAUGACACUCUCAGUUGACCAAGGAAAAAACCUUAGGUGCUAAGAGUAGAGAACUAAUUUUAUGGGCUUAGUCUUAGCAUUGACCCUAGCAAUUAGGGAAACUGGGGUCAAUUUGAAAGAAGCAUCUAGCUCCAGACUCACACAGGGAAGCUGUGGCAGCAUCGGGCACUGUAUGUCCUUCCCCGUCAUCAUCCACACCUCAAUCUGUUCUUUUCCUUCUUCGAGUGAAAAGGCUUAUUCUUUCCUCAAUCUGCAAUGUGUGACUCAAGAAUAUCUU